AUGGCACCACCGCUAAAUCAGAGUAUCGACUGGAAAUGGGCGUAUUUGAUAUCGUUGAUUUUGAAUGCGCUUUUUGGUAUCGAGAAUUAUCACCAUGAACAUAUAUCGCAGCUCACUUUUGAAGAUUAUAUCAAUAACUGUCAAUACUUCCCACAUUACAAUUCAAAUCAGAAAAUAAAGAAGCAAUCAAAAAAAUCACCGAUAUUCAUUAAAAACGGUCGAUAUUCUAAAUCGUUUUUUAGCGAUGGAACUUUCACCGACCAAGAUUUUAGUUGUUUUGCCGAAAUAUUAUCGCAGAAUUGUAAUAAAAUUAAUUAUUGUAAUAUAAGUCAAGAAUGUUUAAUGCGAAUGUUUAAUACGACAAUAUCAACCGAGCACCUUAUUAUUCGUCAAGUAUUAUAUCUGGCGACUUUGCGAUCUUUGCCUUGUUCCUACCAAAUAUCUGAAUACCUAUUUAAAAAGAGAAAACAAACACUGGAAGAAUUUAUUGCAAUAUGUUGCACGAAUAUACUAGAAGAAUUUAAAUAUUUAUAUGAUUUAAGGAGAACUGAAUCAAAUAUUUAUGAGAAAAUGAUGGAACAAGUUCUCGUCUGUGGUCAAUUUGGCUUCAUCGAGUUCGGCCCAGUCGAUUUACUUCAAAAAAUAUUAAAUUGGCAACAUCCAAAAUAUGGUUGUUAUAAUGAGAAUAUGCAAUGGGUUCCAUCACUUCAUGAUUAUGCAGGGACGAUUACUCAUGGAAAUGCCGCCACUAAUUUUAUUUUUGAUUGCUCAGUACAUUUAACAUCGUUAGCUGGUGGAGUAUUAACCGUUUUUCUGCUAUUUUUAUUGGAUCAAAAUUAUCUACGUCAUAUGCAAUUCGUUAUUGAUGAUUUGGCGUUUCAGAAAAUUCCCGCAGAAUAUAUGUUUCGUAAGUAUCGAUCUAACGAUUGGGUUUCAUUACGGCCUAAACGAAUUUUGCCUUUGUAUCCUCCUGCUACACCUGCCAGCCAUCCUCGUUUGCUGGGGCGUCAAUCCGAUACCAUGCUUGAAAUAAUUAUCUAUCUGCGAUUCAGUUAG